AUGAAUUGUUGUAAUAAGUUCUUACGAAGUUUAAGAUCAACUGUCUAUAAAAGUUCAAUUAGUAUCCCAGUUAUCGUUCUAUUUGCGUUUGAUUAUGCAAGACCAUGCCUAGAACUACAACAAACAACAUUUAUGCUGUUUUCGAAUGCAUUUACGUACAUAACGGUUGCAAUUCAAUUCCCCGUUCUUAUUGUUGUUUUUAUUGAUGUUAUGUAUGAAUUCUGUACUUGGAGACCUAAUGCAACUUACAUUCUGAUUGGUGAUCGACGUUAUGAACAAGGAAUGUAUAAUACUGCUAAACUUCUUUAUAAUAAUAUAUCAAAUUAUGCCAGAUUGGCAGCUACAUUAGGUGAUUUUCAAGGUGCAGUUGAUCGUGCACAUCAAGCUAAUUCAAUAAAAACAUGGAAAGAUAUUUGUUUUAUUUUUAUUGAUAAAAAUGAAUUUCGUUUAGCACAAAUGUGUGGUAUACAAAUAGUUGUAUAUGCUGAAGAACUUGAAGAAUUAAUAAAUUAUGAUUAA